CAAAUCUCGAUCUUCACUUUGUGACUACUGUCAGCAACGCAUAUCAAUGUGCUCUCAUGAGACGGAAGAAUGGCUUCUCCGUCGCAUCCGUGUUCAUACUUUGCUCGAUUGCACAGAUGACAUGUGAAGAGUUUGAGCUUGAGAACACUGAAUCAUUAGUAGAAUGUGUUCAGUGUGUUCAACUUUGGCGUUCAGCUUCAGCAAAAGAAGGGAAGGUGUGCACGAGUGGAGCUACCACUUGCAAAGGAAAUGCUUGUUUUAUGAGACAAUGCAAGCACUGUCCAGUAUAUCAAUACAUGUCAGGAUGUGUCAACUUCUCUCCGUGGCAAUUGGCAGAUUUAGAAAUGAACCGUCGUACAUCAGAACUUCGAAUGAGACGGGUUGGUGCAGUUCUGUUAUGUGAAGAUACUUUUAAUCAGACAACGUGUGUCUGUAAUAGACGAGACAAAUGCAAUGAUAUUCACUCUCGACUACCAUUUGCCACGUAUGCUGAGGGCCUUUUCCGAGGUGUCGUCAAUUUUGACACUAUUAUUGCGGCUAUCGAUCCAAGAUAUUUGGAAGUGAUGUCUGGUUAUCAUUUCCGGUUUCUUGCUUCAUCCUCAUCUUCAUUCUCAUCCUUCCUACCUUCCAUUGCAAUCAUUCUUUUCUUCGUUUUGAGUCACUGAUUAUGGGUUUAUUGUUUUCAUUUUCAAAGAGCAACGAAUAAAAAUUGCUCAAAAGUGCAUAAAUACUCGUUUAUUG